UUCAUAGGUCACGGUGCCGCGAAUGUGCUGCUGACAAGUUACAAAGUUCCCAAGGCCUGUAAUUCAGAUUUCCCACACAUCAUACAGCCAACUCCCAAGCAAACCUGUGUGCCUUCACCGGUCAUUACGGUACGCAAUGUCCCAUUCCGGCCGCAGAGGCAGGAAGGCAGGUGAGCUGAGUCUUACAGGCAGAAAGACACACGUGGGACGGAGUGUCGCCACGGAGAGAGAGAAGAGACGAUUGGCCAAGAUGAACGAAGCUUUUCAGGAUCUUCGUUCUACACUUCCUGAAAAAUACCGGGGUUGUGACACCAAGCUGGACCUGUUGAGAGGCGCUGUCGAGUACAUCCGCUACUUACAGAAGUGUCUUGCCGACAACUAUGAGGGUACUUCAGCGGAGCAAGUGGAAUACGUACAGUCUUUCAGUCACAUCAUCUACAUGUGAGCAGUAACUGUCGACAACUUGAGUUUGAAAGCUAUGACUCCCCUGUCCCUGCUUUCUGUACACAGCAGUUUUAUAGCGGACGGCCGGGCUGUUGGACCACAAGAGCAUGUAUAGCUCGUUCAUUUCAACCAAUGUACGCUUGCUUCAAAUAAGUCCCCUCUGUCUACAUCAAUUAAGUAAGGACUACAGAGUUCAAUUCGUUGCCAAUGAACGUUUGAAAGUGUAUUUCCUACCACAUGAAUCUAAAAUAUGCACGUCAAUAAAGUAGUACUUGUAGAUAUACGCACCUGUAACACUUUACUUUCUCGUUUAUGCACUUUUUGUAUAACUUUGUGCGCUUUCUAUACAACUUUGUGAUAUAUCAUUUUCUUAAUAAAGAAUGCAAAAGAGGCGGAAAGGGUACGAGUCUAUCUUGUCACGUGUACACACCAGGGUGACGACAGCGGGCGUGGUCCCGUUGGUAUCAUCACGAGGAAAUUCUGAUCACAUGCCUGGAUGUCACCCAAAAGGUUAAAAGGACCCCGAAUCUGGCGGAAGUAUUUAGUACUGACAGCCAUUGCGGUUGAUAUCAUCGCACGGUGUGUGGAAGUACUUUGCGCCGAUAUUUUGGGGACUGAGCUUGAACCUGCUCAAAUGAAGAUUAGUACGUAGUCGGCUGUUUAUAUCACGUAUUGAUAUAUUGCCAUAUGUACUGCUUUCCAGCAUGAACGAGUAUAGACACUUAUGUGUAAGGAGUGGAUGAGAAGCUAGCACUUUGACUAGUUUCACAGCCGGCGGAAACGAAAAAAGAGGAACUGACAAUUUAUGUUGUAAACCGUAAAGACCAGACGUAUGUAAUGUUCAAU